AUGAAUCCUUACUUCCCCGCAUCGCCCUCAGAAAUGGAGAAGUUCUCCGACCCCCAUUUCCAGCGGAGACCCGUGGCACCGCCGUCUCCCGGUCCGCCUCCGGCAUACACCCCCUACCGGCCGGAAUUCGGCUCCGGCUCCGGCGCGCCAGGCCUGGCCCCUCCGCAGCGGCCUCUUCGGCCCGUCCGCUCGGCGACGAAUCUCACCGGUGCCCACGCGCCGCAGCAGUCGGGCUUUUUGGAUCCUAGGGGCAAGCUGCAGGUUGACUUUGUCGUGGAUGAGAUCCCCAGUCCAACGUCGUUGAGCCCGCAGCCCGCGCAUGAGAUUAGACGGGUCAAGAGCUCGUCGGCUCUGUCAGUUGCGCUGUCGACGCAGGAGGACAAACCGAAGGAUGAGUCCAAGUGGAAAAGUGCGUUGGGAGAGGCGCAGUAUUUUGCUGGGGGACUUAUCAGCCACCCUAUUGAAUCGACAAAGCAUUUCAGCAUCAUACGGCAUUCCCACGCUCUGGUCUGGUAUCGCGGUCCUGAGACCUCUGUCCCCAUCACCAUCCUCUCAGAUGAACCCCUACCCCCUACACGGACUGUGUGGCUGCAGCAGAAAGGCUUCUCAGGGAACAUGGGCAUGACUCUCAAAGCCAUGGUGGGCACGAAUGGGAACUGGCUUGAUGUCACACCUGCCACCAAGGCCAGCGUUGAACACCUCGCCGAAGCUGAAGAGCGUGGUAUCCAGCGAGACUUCAAGCGAUUUGUCAAAAAGGCCUCAGGGCGCUUGAAGAAGCAUCUUCCGCGCGAGACUCACGUUGUGCGUAUCCCCGCGGCUGCAACGGAUGGAUAUUUCCGCCUUGUCCUCUGCAGUGGUGAAGAUGGCAAGAAGGUGCUCUGCGGCAGUCCCGUGUUUCGCAUAGCGAGUACAUCCACCGACGCCAGCAUUGUUCGAGGCUCCAGUCUGAGCACCAUGCCGCUGGAGAUGGGCAUUAAGGUCGCGAGCACUAUCGGGCAGCAAGUUGCCAAGAAGUACACCGGUGUAGCGGGCAUGGUGGUUGAGCAGGGAAGCAAGCGACUUGCGCCGAAUGCAGCGCUUAAGAAAGUUGCGACUAAGGCGUAUCAAAAAUCGGGAUUAAAAGAUGCCGUUCAUGAGAGCUGGAAGAAUGGAAAGACUGGACGAUAUGACCCGUUGAUGCCCGGCGGAGCACUCGAUGAGCCGUUGACAGUUAUCGGCAACGAUGAAGGUCCCGAGGCACCGUUCCCGUUCAAGUUUGCUGGGAGGGUUGUUCGUGGAACGGGGAUAUCGACGAGGGAACUUGGAAUACCAACGGCGAAUCUGAGCGAUGUGGGAGACGAUGUCAAGAUGCGUAUGGGAGGAGUCUUUGCAGCAUGGGCACGUCUCGUCCCAGUUCAAGAAACAGAAGACCUCGACGACGACUGGCACGAAGCCAUCGUGACCAUCGCGCCUCUCCGCCACGCACAACCCGGCGUCGUCCAACGAAACAAAGUAGCCGUGCACUUCAUCCACGACUUCGACGUGACCUUUUUCGAAACACGAGUGAAGGUUAUGCUAAUGGGCUAUCUCCACGCGUGGACGCCGGAGCUCGACAGCGAGGGUAUCAUAUCGGAGCACGCGCGGGACGUGAUGACCACGACGGCGAGUCUGGCGCGAGAGAACUGGGGCCCGGAGGUUUCGGCGUCAGCAGUUCGGGCGCUACGCAGCGAGAGGAGCUUCUCGGAGAGGCUGGGAGAGGUGACGGGGGCGGUGCAAAGCGGGAUGGAUAGGAUACCGAAGCAUUGGGUUGGGAUGAGGAGUGAGGGCGGGGUUAUGAGAGAUCAGGUUUAUGGGAAUGGAGGGUUGUGGGUUGCUAGAUGA